UAGUGAAUCGUCUUCCCUCCUUCCCCUCCGUUCUUCCUCGUUUUUUCUCUCAAAUCUUCUUCCAAUGUACCAAUCAGUUCCUUUUCCAAAAUCCAAUCCAUAAACAUCACCACAUUUUUCUACUUAUGCCCAUCAAAAUUCAAUUCAAGCUCUAGUUAUCAAAUUAUGCUUACAAUAACACCCAAAUAUAUUAACAAGACCAAAUCUUUUCUCCUUCCUCUUUUGAUCUUCAACUCUUACUACUCAAAUCCUUCGUCUUCUGCAAAAAUCCUUAUAAACCCAUCUUUAGUCGGGACCCAUCUUCCGAACCCAUCUUCAGAUUCUAAAGAAAUUGCUGCUUCUUUCAAGGAUUGGUUUAGAACCUCCAAAAACCCAAAUUUCGAUAGAAUAUUCAAGAUUUUGAGUAUUAGAGGUGAUGAAGUUCUUGCUAUUUCUGCAAAGGAGGAUAGCGAUUGGGGUCUUGGUAAAUUGGAUAUCAAAUUGUCAGAAUCCUUUGUUUUAGAGGUACUUAAUUAUAAAAAAGAUGAUAUUUUAAGUUGCUUGAAAUUUUUUGAUUGGUGUGGUAGACAACCCUAUUUUAAUCAUACUCUUGCUACCUGUGUUGCACUUUUUAAGAUUUUGAGCCGUGCAAAACUUCAAUCUUUGAUGCUAGAUUUGUUAGAUAGUUUUAAAAAGCAGAGAAAAUUGCAUACAAUUAGGUUUAAUGAUAUGCUUGUUGUUGGGUAUGCUUUAGCUGGAAAAGUUUAUAUUGCACUCCAAGUGUAUGGUAAAAUGCGCUUUCAUGGGCUUGAUUUAGAUAGUGCUAGUUAUCAUAUUCUAUUGAAUUCAUUAGUUGAGGAAGGUUGUUUCGAUGAAAUGAAUGUUGUAUUGGAUCAAAUUAGGAGGAGAGGGUAUGAAGACAAGUUUACUCAUAGUAUUGUGAUAAAGAGCUUGUGUAAGCAAUGCCAGUUGGAUGAAGCGGAGGAGUAUUUGCGAGGUUUGUUGAGUCGUGUAAAGGUGCUGCCACAUCAUGCCAUUGGUAUACUGGUGGAAGCUUUUUGUAAGAGUGGAAGGUUUUCAUGUGGUGCUAAGUUAAUUCAAGAAUUUGGGGAGAUGGAAGGUGUUCCUGUGCAGGAGGCAUAUGGUAUUUGGAUUAAGUGUCUUGCGCUAGCUGGGAAAACUGAUACUGCUUUGAAAUUCUUGAAUGACAAAAAGUCUGUUGAAGGGUAUAUUCCUGAUGCGAUUAGGUACAAUAUUUUGAUAUUUAGGCUUCUUAAGAAAAAUCAGCUUAAGGAGGUUAGUGAUUUGUUGUUGGAUAUGAAGGAGAACAGAAUUGUGCCUGAUAAGGUUACCAUGAAUGCUGUAUUGUGCUUCUUUUGUAAGGCUGGAAUGAUGGAUGUUGCCCUUGAGUUGUAUGAAUUGAGGACUGAAUUUGGGUUUACUCCUCAUAGUUUGAUGUUUAAUUAUGUAAUAAACACUCUAUGCAGUGAGGACAACAUUGAUGAAGCUUUUCAGAUGUUGAAGAAUUUGAUGCAACAGGGUUACAUUCCUGGCAAGAGGACUUUUUCUAUUCUUGCCGAUGCAUUAUGUAGGCAAGGUAGGCUCGAUGAAAUGAAGGACCUAUUUAUGUUUGCCUUAGAGCGUAAAUUAAUUCCUUCCGAUUCUGCGUAUGAGAAAUUCAUUAGAUCCCUUUGUCGGGCUAAAAGGGUUCAAGAUGGUUACUUGCUCCACGGAGAGUUUAAUAGAUUAAAUAAAACACCUAGUAAAAGUACUUAUUCAUACUUGAUCUACGGCUUCAAUCAUGCAAGAAGGGGAGAUCUUGCUGCUAGACUUCUUAUUGAAAUGCAAGAGAAAGGUCAUACACCGUCAGAUAAAUUGUUUAAGUAUGUUCUACGAUGUGUAUGUCAAAUGGAUAACCCUGAGAGACUCUUUCUGCAUUUACUGGAGAUACAGUGUUCUCGUAAAGGAUAUGAUCAGCGUACUUUUAAUUAUUUUAUCUAUGGCGCUGGUGCUGCUUCUAGACCUGACCUUGGUAGAGGAGUUUAUGAUAUGAUGUUGAAAUCCGGCAUUGUCCCUAAUGUAAACUCUGAAAUUCUUAUGCUGAGAUGUUACCUAAGAAGCGGAAAGAUAGCUGAUGCACUGAACUUCUUUGAAGAUGUCAAGAAAAGAAAAAUGGUGGGAAGAAAAAUUUACACUACCAUGGUGAUUGGCCUUUGCAAAUCCAGGAAAGCGGAUUCCGCUUUGGCCAUGUUGAAGCAAGCAAGAGAGAAUGGAUUAGUCCCUAGCCUGUUUUGUUAUGAGACACUCAUAAAGCUGUGUUGCUCGGAAACUAAGUAUGAUGAGGCGGUUCAAUUAAUCAAGGAGAUGGAGAAAAUUGGACGUAAAGUUUCAUCUUUUGUUGGCAAUUUACUUAUGUUACACUCACUUUAUGAUCACAAUCUGUAUAAGGCGUGGCUCCGUUCAAGUGAUCAAUCUAAUGAGAAACUUAGUCAUGCAAUGCUUGGCCAGGUAAUUGCUACUUUUUCUGGCCAUGUUAAUACUGAUGCUAAGGCUGAGGACUUGGAAGAACUUGUUCAGAAUUGCUUUCCCCUUGAUCUAUAUUCUUACAACAUGAUGUUGAGAAAGUUGAGCAUCAAUAACAUGGAUGAAGCUUGCCGAUUGUUCAAGCGGAUGUGUCGAAAAGGCUACCAACCUAAUAGGUGGUCUUAUGACACAAUUGUUCAUGGCUUCUAUAUGCAUGGUAGAAAAGCUGAAGCUCAACUGUGGGCAGAUGAAAUGUUAUGGCAAGGAUAUGCUCCAACUGAAUGCACCCGUGAUAUUUGACGAAAAAAAUAUAUGGUCAGACAAUACAAAAGAACAGGCAUAGAAUGAACUUGAAAUUCAUUUUCCACGCGCUAAAGGACGCCUUUGGACUACUAUCGGAACUUGGAUUCAAAUACUUGUCUUGAUAAAAUGUCGGAAAUUAUUGUUGAACGUUAAGGAGGAGAAGCUUGCGCAAGUAGGCUUCUACAUCAGUAAGAGUGGUAUUAAGGGAGGGAGGGUUGGUAGCAUUUGCCACCUACGAGCUAUGAAAAUCGUUGGCAGUUGGCAUUUUCUGGAGUUUUGAUACGCAUCUCAAAGGUGUUUUUGUGUUUUAUGCCCGAAACUAGUUAAAUGUAGACCGUUUUUUCAUGGUAUUAACGCAAUGCUGCAAGACUGUCAACUUUUAAAUCAUUGCCAUAGAAUGCGAAUUGAGCUGAUAUGUAAUCGUAGCAUUUGAUCUCAAUUUUCCAAUAAUUCUUUGAAGCAGCGUCGCAUGAUUCACUAAUCUUCUCGCGAAUAGUGAAUCGUAAAAAGGGAAUAAUGGUUGGUUUUAGGCUAUUUUUGGGCCUUUCGAGGGAGUCAAGAAUUCAAAAGACAAAAUAGCUGGCGAAUUAUGUUUCACUGCUUUGAACAGAUGUUGGAUACGUGACUGCAGCUUCCAAUUUAGCUCCUACAGAUAAACUUUUUUGGGUGGUCAUUCCGGUGAAUGAAUCGGGAUUUUUUGUACCUUUAGAAUAACGCUAUAGCUAGCUUUUGGCAUGCUAAUUUUGUUGUAACUACUUUUGCUUCAAGAAUAUUGAGGACAAAAGCAAAUGUCCUAUUCUUCAAAGAGGUUUCCUUUUCUUUUUGAUGGAUACUUCGACUCAUUAGUUAUACGGACGAGCAAAUAACAAAAUACUCAGGAGUUAGGAGGUUAGACAACUUGAUUCUUAUAGGAACAAUGAGCGAAGAGACGGACAAAUUUUGAUAAUAAAAGUAAGGUGUGUGUCUCAAUUCUCAAGCUCUUAUUGCUGUAUUGCAGUUAGCAUUCAUUUUUGUUCUUUUUUGACAUUGUAACACUUCAUUUUUUGGCUGAAUUUAUAGAAUUUUUUCUUAAAUAACAGAAUGCAGAGUUAUACAUGUAUAUAUACUAGUAUUACAAUCCAUGUAUUUGGUAUAUAAAGCUAUAGUUCAACUAUACAUCAUGUACCCACAAGCUCAAAGACUCUGUUGCGACUUCCUAUAAGCGUCCGACACCCUGCACGCCUUUUUCGAGUUUCAGCGGUACUUCAAUCAGGCUGGUAAUCAGCUAUCAUCUCGAUUCUCGACUUAACAGUAGAACAUUGCAGUGACAUUAGUUUUUGCUGUGAACUGCAGAAUGUUUAUAUGAUCCAAUACUAGAAUGUCUUCUCUGAUGAACACUUUUUUAAUCCUGUCUCCAGUUGUUUAUGACCGUAAGGUAAAUUUCUUUUUUUUUUUUUAUUAUUAAAUAAAAAGUUGCUAAACUAAUAAAUUAAUUUUCCCCAGCAAAAAAAAACUUAAUAAGCAGAUUCCAUCAAGAAAAAAGUAUUACCUCCGUUCUAAUUUACUUGCAAUCACGCAGUAUAAUGCACAAAUUUAAUCCUCAAUAUGUCAAAUUAUAUGUAAUAAAAAUUAUAAAAAUUGGUUAUUAAUAAUCUUGCGUUGAAACGAAUCAAACGAGAUCUCAGUUGACUAUGUUUUAACUUAUAGAUUAAAAAUUAAUCACAAACUAAGAAUGAUGAAUGAAUAGUGCAAUAUUUCUAAUAGUGCAAGUAAUUCAAAACGGAGGAAGUAAGAAUCAUGGUCCUGUUCUUGGUAUGAAUUCUAUCUUUCCAGCACAUAUAAAAUGGCUAUUUCUUGAAAAAGCUUGUAAAUGACUCCUAACCAAACAUUUGGACCACCAUUUUCCAUAAAUAUAUGAUUGUUAAUUCCAUCAAAUCUCAAAUCAGAAGCAUAUUCAUUUCUGCUGGUGUGAUUGCCAUUUGCCAGUAGUUGGCAAGAACAGGGGACCUUCCAACAUAUUCAAAUUUAAAUUUAUGGAUCAUUGAAUUGCUUGUUUGGUGUGUAGGAUUCAGAUAUUUGUUUCAUUUUUUGACAAUCUAAGUGUAUUUAUUACCAAUAUGAGGGUCAAUGUUGUUAUCAGAGUAGAAUUAUAUACAUCUAACCUUUAAAUCUACUUCAAAUAGGAGUGAUGUGUUUUCAUGUCGCCACUCGGCUCUAUUAUCAUAAACAUGUCUAUUAUUAGUUCAUCGUUAGUUCUCUACUUCAAUUAGCAAUUGAACAAAAUGUUACAUUUUUUGGGUUAGAAAAGAGAGUGAAUUGCAAUUUUAAAGUCAUGUUUCCAAUUGAAAUUUUGAACAAUUUUCAAUUGGUUGAUUCGAUUCUCAUUAACUUAUAAAGAUAAAGGGUAAAAGUCGAAUAUUUAGAGAGUCGUAUUUUAUAACUCUAUUUUCAGGUUAGUUUAAUAAGUUUAAAACUAUAUUUGAUAAGUAUACCUCAACUAUAAAAAUUGAUGACCCUUAAUGGAUCACAAUAUAGCUAAAAAGUAUUGAUAAAACAUUCAAAAAUCAAAACUAUUAUUAUAGUAAAUUAGUGUUAAAGACUAAUAAACCAAAUCCAAAACAUUGUAAGUUUGAAAUUAGGUUUUAUUUCAAUGAAACUAAGUAUUAUAUUUCUUAAUUUAGAUUAUGAAUUUGAUUCAAUCCUGUAUAAUAUGAAAAGUUUGUUCAUGGAAAAAUUCAAAGGAAAAUGGUGAUGACUUUUCCAUUAUUUGGUGGAAAGAAAUGAAGAGUGAAAACUUGUCAUAUUCUUGAAAUGUUUUGACUGGUUUAUUACAUAUUGGACUAUUUUUAUUCAUGGAUGACUUUUAUUUAAUACUUUUUAUUUAAGUAAUGGUUUUUUGAAUGAUGUUAAAGAGUAAACAACGAAAUCUGAAUACCAAUUUCAAGUUCACAUUUUUGUCCAUUCAACCCAUCUAAUCUUGUCUACUCCUUUUUGUUUGUAUACCACUUAAUUAAACAAGUGUAUGGUCAACUAAAUGUCAUGAAUUUAUUUUUUGUUAUGAUUAUUAUGUCAUCAUAUGAAGUUUAAUUAACAUUAUC